CUGCACUCUGCUCUCUUGAUACAAUAAUUUACUCAUAUUAGAUUCAGUUAUUUGUUGGUGAAAGGGGAUUCACAAAUUUACAGAACCGAUUUUUAAGUAAUUAAUGUUCCUAGUAUUUAUGUACAAGAUUCGUCGUUUUACACAUAAAUUACAUUCCCCAUAAUGGGUUUUAAAUUUGUUGGUGAUAGUUAUUGUCGAUGAACCCUCCCCAUAAAUAAAAAGAAAGACAUACUGCUAUAUUAAAAACGUAUUGGUCAUGAAUUACGAUUUCACUUGUUCCUGAUUUACGUAACACCAUAAUAUUAUAAUGUGUGUGGUAUGCAUUGUGAAGGGUUUUGUAAAUGUUGUAAAUACCUAUACUUAGGUGAUUGGAUAUUUUCACAAUAGGUAGCGAAUUCGAUAUUUACAAUACUGUCGUCUGUUUUGUGUUUACAGAUAAGAAAAAUGUCGUGGAUCAAAAGUAUUUUUAAUGAAAGCAACUUCAUAUCGUAUCCAAACCCAGGAAGUAUUGUUUUUCAAUAUGGAACUUCGGGUAUACGAUGCAAAGCCGAUUAUCUUGACCAUGUCAUGCAUCGAAUGGGUAUGCUAGUGGCGUUGCGAUCCAUGUGUUUGAAGUCUGCUAGAGUCGGUCUAAUGAUUACGGCUUCACACAAUGCGCAUGAAGAUAACGGAGUCAAACUUAUUGAUCCACAAGGAGAAAUGCUUGAGAGUUCUUGGGAAGUAUUGGCUACCGAGUUAUCCAACGCUAUAGAUGAUCAACACGUAUCUACUGUACUUACGAGUUUAGUUUCCAAGUACAAUAUUGAUUCCAGUUAUAUACCCAAAGUGUAUGUUGGGCGAGAUACUAGAUAUUCUGGAAAAAAGUUAUUAGAUGCAGUGAUUGUUGGUAUGAAACAAUUUAAUAGUGACUUUGAAGAUUUUGGUGUGAUAACAACACCGAUGUUACACUUUUUUGUUAGAUGUUAUAAUACAAAUUGCUUGUACGGUCAACCAAACGAACAAUCGUAUUUCAACAAACUGACUACUGCUUUCAAAGAUAUGAGAAAUAUGUGCACUGAUUAUAAAAAUUACAAUACAGUAAUAGAAUUUGAUGGUGCUAACGGUGUGGGUGCUUUAAAAAUGAAAGAUGCUCUAAGUUAUCUUGAUAAUACGUUGAUAAUCAAUAUGCAUAAUGAUGAAGUAUCCAGUUCAGAAAAAUUAAAUUCUAAAUGUGGUGCGGAUUUUGUCAAGUCCAAUCAAUGUCCUCCGACUGGUUUAUCUAUCAAACCUAAUGCAAAGUAUAUAUCUGUUGAUGGGGAUGCAGAUAGAAUCAUUUAUUUCUUUGUCGACGAAAGUAACAAGUUUUAUUUAUUAGAUGGUGAUCGCAUAGCUACAUUAGUGGCUGGGUAUGUGAAAGAACAAAUCAUAGCUUCGGGUCUUGACGUAAACAUUGGAUUAGUACAAACAGCCUACUCAAAUGGAAAUUCUACAAACUUUGUGUCAAAUACAUUGAAAGUUCCAGUGGCUUGUGUUCCUACCGGUGUAAAGCAUCUACACCACAAAGCACAAGAUUACGAUAUUGGCGUUUAUUUUGAAGCUAACGGUCAUGGUACAUUAAUCUUCAAAGAAUCAAUAAGAAAUCUAAUUAGGAAAGAAGCGUCUAAACAAAAAGAUGAGUCGAAACUAAUAGCUCUCAAAAAAUUGAUUUGUAUAAUGGAUAUGACAAAUGAAACUGUUGGCGAUGCUUAUUCAGAUAUGCUGAUUGUUGAAACUGUCCUUUGUGAACGAGGAUGGAGUCUCAAUGAUUGGUACAAUACAUAUGCAGAUUUACCUAAUCGUUUGAUGAAAGUCACUGUUAAAGACAGGAAUACAUUUUCUACAGGCGAUGCCGAACGCAUUUGCAUAAGGCCACUAGGACUUCAAGAUAAGAUCAAUUCUAUCGUCGCUAAUUAUCCAAUGGCUAGAUCAUUUGUGAGACCAUCUGGCACAGAAGAUGUUGUCAGAGUUUACGCUGAGGCAGAUACACAGGUUCAUGCAGAUAAACUUGCCGUAGAGGUUGCUGCUGUCAUCUACGAUAUGGCUGACGGUGUAGGAAAAAGACCGAGCUAGUUAAAUUACAUACAAUUUAAUACUUAAAAUAUUUUAUUAAAUUUAUCAGUGUCGUCUGUAUACAGGGUCAUAUGCGUGUAAUCUAUAUUAUAUAUCUAUAUUAUGUUUUCUAUAUUUUUUUUUUAUUAGCAUACAGCUAAUACAAUAAAUAAUAACAGAAUUCGAAACUUUUUAAUAAUUUGACCUUUUUUAUAUUUUUAUUGUUAUUGUUAAAUUUUACUGUUGUGAUACAAAAGCCUAAUGAUUAAUUUUUGUUAAACUACAAAUAUAUUAUACUUAAACCUAGUUAAAAAAAUAUUAUUUAGUUUUAUAAUAAAAUAAUUUUGUAAUGAUCAA